GCGUUUAAACCUUCCUAUAAAUCACACGUUUGAAUAUUUACCGCAGUUAGUUAGAUUAGGGUGAUAUGUGAAUAAGGGAAAUUUGUAAACACAGUUUCGUGUUUCGUAUUUAAUACAAUGGCAAAAAUUAUAUCUGUUAUAAUAUGGAUAGGACUUUACAAUGGAUGCUUAAGUCAACGUUCAAAUUCAACAGACUCGUUACUAGACGAACGUGGUUUGGUUAUAACUACUUUGAAGAGAGACGACAGAACAUAUGCUCUAGUUCGCCAUGUUCCUAUCUAUCCUGGAUACGAGGAUUUCGACGGACAAAUUCCUGGAAUUAGAAUUACUUCUGAAGGCGGCAGAACACAUGUUCUUAGUAUUGACGUAGAGUUUAGGACUAGACAAUUUUAUAUGUAUGACUACCAUCUCGGGUCAAUACUCGUUGGCAGCGGAUACCACAAAGACCUUAAUGUAAGUGGCUUAAGUCUUGCCACAUUGCAUGCGGGCGUGUCCAAAGGUACGGUACAGUUAGCAGUUGACUGGCUGUCACACACCGUCUACUGGACUGAUUCACUGUUUAGAUGGAUUGUAGCAGUUCCUGGGGAAAAGCAAAAACUAGGGAAAGAUUAUUACAAAAUUAUUGUCGACUACCAUCUCGACGCUCCAGAUGGUAUAACAUUGGAUGCAUGGAAGGGACUCCUGUUCUGGUCAGACAAUGGAAAACACCCGAAGAUCGAGCGCUCAGACCUGAAAGGGCAAAAUCGCCACACAAUUAUUUCACAACACAUGGUGUCUCCACUGUCAAUAGAAGCAGAUAUAUAUGGCAAUAGAAUUUACUGGAUUGAUUCAUACACAGAAUCCAUUUUAUCGGCAACAUACGACGGAAGUGAUAUAAAACUGAUAACACGAACGCCAAGAUCGGUCUAUUUUGAUUUAGCAAUUUACAAGGAUGUCGUCUACGUUACUGACAUCCGGAAUGACAACCUGUACACAUUUAAUAAAACAACUGGCAGUAUAGAGUCAUCAGUUUUGAACCUUUCUCCUCCAGAAACAAUUUACGGUGUAGCUACAUAUGGCGAAUAUAACCAACCUCUUAAAGACUCAGAUUAUUGUGAUACGAAAAAAUGUGACCACCUUUGCAUAUCCGAAGUUAAUACUGCCACGUGCGUAUGUUCAGAGGGAUACAAGAAAAACACAACGACUGGGGCCUGUCAGGAAUCUUUUGCCAAUUUCCACAAAGCAAUUGUCAUUGCAAAUUCGACACAUAUUUGCAUGUGGGACAUCCGAUCGUUUGCCACGCAUGCUUAUGUUUUAGUAUGUAAGUUUACUGUCAUUGGAUUGCCUGAUCCUACUCCGACGGCAUCUGUUUCAUCAACGCCACCACCGCUACCAACAGCAUCACCUAGAGAUAUGAUCAAACUGUUCGAUCUGGACAUUGAAAACAGAAAUGUCUUUAUUGCCACUGCGGGCAACAAGUUAUAUAAAAGACCAGUAGAUUUGCCGAUAGAAAACGAUGCCAAAGAAGUGAUAGCUCAAGCAGCUGGAGUGAUAAGUGGCUUGGCAUAUGACACCAGUUACUCUACAAACUUAUACUGGUCUGAAUCAAGCACAGGCAACAUUUGGUUCGUGGAUGUCGAUACAAAAUCUACUAGAAGGGUUUCGAUAGAUGCAAAACUAACUCUAGUAAAACCAAGAAAUCUUAUCAUUCUAUCAACACUACGACGGCUAGCGUGGGUGGCAGGCAAUCAAGGAAAUGAAUCUAUACAGACAAUGACUGUUGAUGGAACGGAUCUAAGGACAGUUGUCACAGGAUUAGCGGAUGUAACCUCUCUUAUUUAUGAUAAUGAGGCACGGUUGUUUUACUUUAUAGCGAACGGAAGUGUACACCAGUUAUCUUUGAAUGGAUCUGAUCAACUGGCUGCAGUUCUUGAAGACAAAACUGCUUACUUGCUUCUCCACUAUAACAAUUAUUUAGCUUGGGUGUACACUGACCCGAGGUACGGCAACGUUUGGAAGUCUAAAAACUAUGGUACAGACACAACAGGAGUGCAUGUCAUUCUUAGUAACACAUCAUCGCUGUUAGUAGACAUGAAAGUGCUUGAUAUAAAACCGAAACUCGCCGAAGCAGCAAAUCCUUGUGCAUAUAUGAAUGGCGGCUGCGAACAGAUCUGUAUACCUAAGUAUUCUGGAGAUAUUAUGGUCAAAGUUUGUGAAUGCAGUAUUGGCUUUAAGCUUGACACUGACAAAGUUAGCUGUCGUUCAGAUGUUGCCACAGACAACUUUAUUUUGGUGUCAGAUUGGACCCAUAAUACUUUGAACCAGAUACAUCUGCAGACCCAAGAAAUCAAUGCGAUAGUUAACAUGGACAAUGACAUAUAUAUGGGUGUUUACUUUGAUACGAACACAAAGAGAAUUAUUUGGUCAGAAUAUAAACAGAGUACGAUUUCAAGCUCGGAAUUGGACGGGAGUGACCAACAAACAAUUGGCAAUAUAGGUAAUUCCUAUCCAUAUAGGAUGGACAAAGAUAUGACCACAGGAAAUCUGUACUAUACAACAACCUCACACUCUAAUCCACAUAUUGGUGUGCUUACACCUUCUGGGGCAAAUGUUUGGCUGAAGAAGGAUUUUACUGAAGAAACGCUUGGAGACAUUGUUGUUCAUCCAGGGAAAGGUUGGAUGUUUUACACAGUCAUUCACUCCAUAUCCUACGUAGCUCGUGCAAAUAUGGACGGUACAAAUGAAGUAAGAAUAAUUUUAGGAGACCAUGUUUCUGUCCCAGAUGGUUUAGCCAUAGACUUCACUCGUGACCAUCUCUACUGGUCAGAUGCCCAUAAUGAUACGAUACAACGUUGUAAUUUUGAUGGCAACUCAUGCGUUACCAUAGUAAACAAAACAGGCACUUUUCAACCUGAGGAAAUCAGAGACUUGGUUACAGACGGAAAAUAUCUGUAUUACUCCGCCUACAUAAAAGACCAUGUUGUACGAGUUGAUUUGAUGGAACCCUACAACACCACAAUAGUUGGUCAGAACCCUAGUUUAGGGAAACUUGACACAAUGGCCUUAUAUAUCAGUUCAAAUAGGAAUAUACAAAAUGUGAGCAAAGCUUGCCAAGCUCGGGAGGGGCUUGGCAAUUGCAGUUCGAUAUGUUUUCCAACGGAAACUGGGAGGACAUGUGCUUGUAAAGAUGACAUACCACUUAAACCUGACGGAAGGACUUGCUCCAUUAGUGACAAAUGCGCAGAUAUUAUUCGUCAGAGGGUCCAAACUGCAGCAGGAAGUGAAGACAUUGUCAUAGAAAUAGACAGAAAUUGUAUCCGUCAGCUGGACGAUAAAUGCGAGUAUCGUUGCCCGGACUUUUUCGCUCCUAACGAAAACUUAAAAAUCAAAUCAAAUCAACUCACCUGCACGAACAUUGGAUGGGAUAGACAGAGGGAGCCUCUUUGUAAAGAAUUAGUAUGCUCUAAGAGUUCAUUGUUAAAUGGUAUCUUCGUUGGAUCAUGUAGUCAGAGGCCUGGUAGUAUGUGUAUGUUUAAGUGUAACCAAGGUUACACCAAUACAACAGACAUGGUUUUAUGUAACGAAAACCUGAACUGGACACCAACUGAAUAUUGCACUGCAACAAUUUCUGUGUCUCAAGCACAGACAUCCGGUUUGCCAGUGGCUGGAGUUGCUGUCGGCAUAGUUCUACUCAUCCUUGUAAUUGUCGCCCUUGUUGUUGUCAUCGUGUUCCUACUUCGCAGGUAUGUAGUUUCUUUGAUUUCUUUACUGGGGAUGACAACUUUGAAAAAACUUCAUUUUCUUUUUAAUCCAUUCUCAUCACGGUGUGUAUUUCUAAAUCGACUGUGUAUUUCUAACUGGACCUGAGUUUUUACUUCCACC